CUUUACAUACAAAAAAAUAAUAAAAAAUAAAGACAGAACGAAAGAAAAAUAAUAUAUACAAUAACCACCAACGCUUCCUGAGCGCACCCUUCUCUACUACUCAUGACUUCAUCGGGCGUUGGCGGAGGCAAAUAUAUGGCCUACUCUCCCUCGCCUUCCGCCCCUCAAUCUCCCCACCUCUCUGGCCUCCGCUCCGCCGCCGCCUUUCUCGACCAAGACAAAUAUCUCUCGGCGUUACUGGCAGAGCGUCACAAGCUUAGUCCAUUUAUGCCAGUGCUCCCUCAUACCUAUAGGUUGUUGAACCAGGAAAUUUUGUGUGUAACUACACUGUUGGGGAAUGCAUCAGUUUUAGGUCAAAGUGGUCUUGAACAAGCUAGCCCCCUGGCUUCUGGAGGAAUGUUUUCAAAUGGAGGAGCUGAUAUGAAUGGAUGGGCAUCACGGUUUCAAUCAGAAAUGUCAGGUUUUCUACAGUCCUCUUCGGCACAGAACUGGCUGAGUUCUCAAGGUAGCUCCUCUGGUCUUAUUGUCAAGAGAACAAUCAGAGUGGAUAUUCCUGUUGAGAAUUAUCCUAAUUAUAAUUUUGUUGGCCGCCUCCUUGGUCCUAGGGGCAACUCUCUUAAGCGUGUGGAAGCAAAUACAGAGUGCCGUGUCCUGAUAAGAGGGCGGGGCAGUAUUAAGGAUCCAGCUAGGGAAGAAAUGAUGAGAGGAAAACCUGGCUAUGAACAUCUGAAUGAACCUCUUCAUAUCCUGGUUGAGGCAGAAUUACCUGUUGAAAUAGUUGAUGCUCGCCUAAUGCAAGCACGUGAGAUACUUGAAGAUUUGCUCAAGCCUAUUGAUGAAUCCCAGGAUUUCUAUAAGAAACAACAGCUGCGAGAGCUGGCAAUGCUGAAUGGUACACUUCGUGAGGAAGGUUCUUCCGUGUCAGGUUCUGUAUCCCCCUUCCAGAACAGCCUUGGAAUGAAGCGAGCAAAGACUAGGGGGUAAAAGAUCCCUCCAUGUGGGGUUUUUGUGUCUUAGUGUCUGCCAUAAGCAGCAGUUCACCUGACAUUGCUGGUGUUGCUGUGUGAGCGAAUGCCUUCCAACUGCAGUCGGGGCACUGGCAGAGUUGUUUGCCGGUUUAGUUCUUCUAAGUUGUUUCUGUAUGAAGUGUGUUUAUCUUUGUGUUUGGAAGAGGUUGAAUGGUAGGAUUAGAUGGUGAGGGAAUGGAACAGUGACGGAAUUGGUGUGAGGAUAAGUUUGGUUACUAGGUCAAUAAUAUAUAUAUAUAUAUAUAUAUAUAGAGAGAGAGAGAGAGAGGACUAUAAUGAGAGUUUUGAUGGGAGGGGAAGUUAGUUAAGGGAUGGUUGGUGGGAUAGAGAAGGUGGUUUUUUGUAUCUCUAUGAAAUUGUAGUUGGGAGUUUUAAGAUGGUAUUACUAAAGUAUUAUAUUAUAAUAAUAGUAUGAAUUGUAGCAUAUGUUAUGUUAUUAAAGGCAUUCUUUGUUUGUAAGUAAAUGGGGGUGAUGUGUGCCUUUGCAAUUGCUUGGCUGCUGCUUUUACUCUUUGAAAGAUGAGUGUUUGGGUAUAUUAAUUGUUAUUUGAGACUGAAAUUUGGGUUCAAUUAAAGGAAUGGUGUUGCAUUUGAAAAUCCUAUCUGGUUGUCUGUACUCAAGACAAACUUGCAUAGUAUUAAUGGUUAAGAAGCAUGAUUGUGAUACAAUCUCUCCUUCAUCUUAUUUCAUACUAUUUUGUUUACAAUGAAGAUUUAAACUUCUAUCGUAUG